UCCGGGACUUUAGAUUUAAACCUUGAGUAAUCACGUGGAAACUAACCAUGUUUUUUAGUCUUUUCUUUGAGCCUAUCUUGCAUCUGGCCGUGAUGGUCUACAUGUUAUUAGUCGGUGUCCGCUAUCUCAAGAUGUCGAAGAAAGUACUAGGAAAGUCACAGAAUUUGGUCAUAGCUCUCGGUGGUGCGUUUAUUAUCUUCUCUUACCUCACGUACGCCAUCAGACCCAGCAGCUCCGCUGGACGUCAUCUGACUGGAGCUCUCACUGCAUUUCAUGCGUUAUUCGCUUUACUUGUUGGACCAUUGAACGAUUCUCGCUCGAAACUCGAUACAGCGUGUGGUGUUGCAUCCGGGGUAUUUGCACUGGCAUUGGGAUCAAUUGCAUUUGGAUCUUAUCUGGGAUUGGACUAAAAGAAAACGACACAAGCAUUCUCCUUUCUCUUUCAAAACUAAUAGAAAGAUUUACUGUAGUUUAUAUCAAUUCAAUUGACUGCACCAUUAGUAGUGUACUGAAAGUAUUCAUUGUGAAAAAUUUUAGCAGAAGGAAGGAAACAGAAGUAAACAGUUGUGAUUUUGA